AUGAGCUCCACAGCGACGACCAACCCGACGCCAGCUUUCCCUCCGUCAACAGAGCUGCCUCCGACACCAGAGCCUCGAACUCUUGUUCUUUGCUUCGAUGGAACUGCGGCCGAGUACAAUGAAUACGAUACCAAUGUCGUCAAACUCUUCGGUUUGCUGGUGAAGGACGACUUUCGAACACAGCUGUGUUACUACCAGUCUGGAAUUGGAACCUACUUCGAUCCGAGUAUUGUCUCUCCCGUUUUCGAAUGGGUGGCAAAGAGACUGGACCAAGCAGUCGCUUUCUAUCUCAACCAGCAUGUAAUGGACGGGUAUCGCUUUCUCAUGCAGAACUACCACACAGGCGACAAAAUAUGUCUUUUUGGGUUUUCUCGAGGUGCAUAUACUGCACGAGCUCUUGCGGGAAUGUUGCACAAAGUUGGCUUGCUACCUCGUUCUAAUUCACAGCAAGUCCCUUUUGCGUAUAAGAUGUAUCAGAAGACCAGCGCAUCGGGAAUCAAGCUUGCAGAGGGCUACAAGAAGAUGUUCUGCCAGGACGUCAAAAUUGACUUUUUGGGGUGUUGGGAGACAGUCGCUAGCGUCGGCGUCCUUAUGGGAAGGACACUGCCAUUCACGGCGAUAAAUUCUUCCAUCAAGACCUUCCGACAUGCGCUGGCUUUGGACGAACACCGUGUGCGAUUCCAGCCCUACCUCAUUGAACCCAAGCCAUCUCCCGAUGAUACUGAUCCAUAUCCACAUACUGAUGUACUCGAGGUGUGGUUUGCCGGGACCCAUGGAGAUAUUGGUGGUGGAGACGAACAAGACAGCGUAGAGCGGUCUUUGGCCGACAUUGGCCUGCGCUGGAUGAUUCGACAACUCGUCGCUGCCGAGUGUGGGAUCCGUUUUGACGCGGACGCACUCGCUCGGGCACAAAUCACGUUGGAGGAUUGCCCACCUUCUGUCCCGGUCAAAGGCGACGGCUCACCAAUCUUUUCCGUUGACAACGACCACCCGAUCGAAUCCGUUGACGCCGUCCAACUGUUACAUGACGCUCUCAAGUUCGUCGGCCCCGGCGCAGGAGGUGGUAGUGGAAAUGGCCCAGUUGCUGCAUUCUCUGUGGCACUGGGUUGGGGCGUCUUAGAAGUGGCCCCGAUGCCAUGGAGUGUCCAAGACGUUUCUGGGAAGUGGCAUACCACUUUUGGAGUCCAUCUUGGGAAGGGACGAAAGAUCAUUGACCCGAGUCCCAAUUUUCAUAUAACGGUGAAGGAAAGGAUGCAAGAUGGGAUGUUAAACUAUAAGCCAAGAGCGAUCUGGACCAAAGGCACAGAAGUCUAUGUCGAUUGA